UGCAUAUUUAAAACCUUCAAUCCACUCCUCGCUGAAGCCAAGAAACUCGGUGCUUAUACACAACAAUGGCUAACAAUAACAUCCAAACUGCAACCAACAACUUGACAACUUUAACAGGUUAUUUCCAUUCCCUUUCCCAAACUCCUCAAAGACUGAAAAAGAGAAUGUUAGCCACAUGGACCCCGGACCAGGAACUGAACCAAGUGAGGCAAAGGUCUGGGGCAGACAUGAAGAGGAAUCUCAAGUGGUAUGAUUUGGUAGCUCUUGGACUAGGAGGAAUGCUAGGUGUUGGUGUCUUUGUCACAACUGGUUCUGUAGCACAUCACCAAUCUGGUCCUUCAGUUUUCAUAUCCUAUAUUAUUGCUGGACUAUCAGCUCUUCUCUCAUCUUUGUGUUACACUGAAUUUGCUGUUCAAGUGCCAGUAGCAGGAGGAGCUUUCAGUUAUUUAAGAUUAACCUUUGGAGAGUUUGUGGGGUAUUUUGCUGGGGCAAAUAUACUAAUGGAGUAUGUGUUCUCUAAUGCUGCUGUAUCAAGGAGUUUCACGGAGUAUUUGAGCUUUGCAUUUGGAGCAAAUGAUCCAAACGUGUGGAGAGUGGAAGUUCAUGGAUUGCCAAAGAACUAUAACAUGUUGGAUUUCCCAGCUGUGUCACUUAUUCUUCUUCUCACUCUCUGCUUGUGUCAUAGUACCAAGGAAAGCUCCUUAUUGAACCUGAUCAUGACAGUGUUCCAUGUGAUUUUCUUUGGAUUUAUCAUAGUGGCUUGUUUUUGCAAUGGAAGUGCCAAAAACUUGGUCAGUCCCAACGGACUAGCACCUUUUGGUGUGAGAGGUGUUGUAGAUGGAGCAGCUAAAGUCUACUUCAGCUAUAUCGGCUAUGACUCGGCUUCAACCUUAGCAGAGGAGAUCAAAGAUCCUUCUAAGAGCCUUCCUAUUGGAAUCAUGGGUUCAGUACUCAUAACCACCAUGCUUUAUUGCCUAAUGGCUCUAUCUUUGUGUAUGAUAACUCCUUACAACAAGAUAUCAGAUAAAGCGUCGUUUUCAAUCGCUUUUGGAAAGAUAGGAUGGAUGUGGGAGAGCAAUGUGGUUGGGGCAGGUGCAAGUUUGGGCAUAGUGGCUUCUCUCUUGGUUGCGAUGCUAGGGCAAGCUAGAUACCUUUGUGUUAUUGGAAGGGCAAGACUAGUGCCCUCUUCGUUAGCCAAAGUGCAUCCUUCCACAGGCACCCCUUUAAAUGCCACACUCUUUUUGGGAGUUUGCACAGCAUUCAUUGCACUUUUUACUGAGCUUGACAUUAUAAUCGAGUUGGUGAACAUCGGAACGCUCUUGGUGUUCUACUUGGUGGCCAAUGCUCUUAUAUACCGUCGAUAUGUAAUCAGUGGCCACACCCCACCUUUGUAUACUCUGUUGUUUCUAUCUCUCUUUUCACUUAGUGCUCUAGGCUUCUCCCUUUCAUGGAAAUUCAAUCAGCAAGAGUGGGGUCUCCCACUCUUUGGUGGGCUCAUGAUCACCAUCACAGCUUUUUACCACCAUAAGGUGCCUCAUGCCGAUGCUGAUACUGAUUGGCGUGUCCCAUUCAUGCCCUGGCCACCUGCCCUCUCCAUCUUUCUCAAUGUUUUCCUUAUCACCACUCUAAAGCUCCUCUCUUUUCAAAGGUUUGCUGUGUGGGCAUGUUUCAUUACCCUCUUCUAUGUCCUCUAUGGUGUUCAUUCCACUUACCAAGCAGAUGAAUUCGAGAUAGUGAAUUCAAGCUUACCCAACCUACAAACUAAUAAGGUACAAGUUCAGGUGCUAUAGUUGAGGCAGCUGAGUUUAUGAAUGUUUGGAAUCCCAAGAAGUAAGAAAUCACGUUUGAAAUGUGCAAGUACAACAGCUGCUUAAUAAAUGUGAAAAACAUCCGGGAAGUGGAAUCAUACACGCUAUUUGUGUGCUGAUUUAAUUCUAACUCUUCUCCCUUUAUUGCCUCCAAACAACACUACUACACUAGUAUUAGUCCAACUUACCAAAAAUAUUGUAAAGACUGAAUGAGAUUAAUAUGCUGUAUACAUGUAUCUUAUGUGAUAUAGAAAGAAUGAGAGAAUCGAUUUUCUAAA